AUGACUUCAGCAAUAAGAAUAUUGUCAUAUGGUGUCGCAGCAGACGCAGUUGAUGAUUACACACGUAUCGGGGAAAGCACUGUAAUUCAAAGUUUACAACAAUUUUUUAAUUCAGUGAUUGAAAUAUUUGGAGUAGAAUAUCUGAGAUAUCCAACACCAACUGACAUUGCUAGAUUACUUGCUAUUGGGGAGAUUUGGCGUGCAUUUUUUGGAAUGCCUGGCUCACACAAUGACUUGAAUGUGUUGGACCGAUUGCCUUUGUUUUCUGAUCUUGCGCGGGGUAAACCUCCCCCUGUGCAUUACACUAUUAAUGGGCAUAGUUACAAUAUGGGUUAUUACCUUGCUGAUGGCAUAUACCCUCAAUGGGCAACACUGGUUCAAACAAUUUCGUCUCCCCAAGGAGCAAAGAGACAACAUUUUGCAAUGAUGCAAGAGUCUGCCAGGAAAGAUGUAGAGCGGGCAUUCGGAGUCCUUCAAUCUCGAUUCGCAAUAAUAGGUGGUGUUGUACGUUUUGGAGAUCCGAAAAUGCUUGCCAACAUAAUGAAGAGUUGCAUUAUAUUACAUAAUAUGAUUGUCGAAGAUGAGAGGGAGGAGCACCUUGACUUCGAUUAUGAAAUUUCAUCAACCAACACACCAGUGCAACUUUCCUCUACUCCUACCAAUGACUUCCAAUCAUUUUUGUCUCGUCAUUUAGGUAUUAGAGAUAAGGAUGCAUAUCAUGUCCUCUGUAAUGAUUUAGUAGAACAUAUGUGGCAUCUUCAUGGUGAACACUAA